CGUGAAAAGAAGGAGCGGUGUGCGAGCAUCACGCACACAGCAGCGAGUGUGCGUGUGCGCGCCGAGAGGGACGGCCGACGAAAGAGCAGGACAGCGGCGCCAAUUACUAUCACCUGGCGGGCAGCUACCGCAUUACCCACUGCCGCCGCGCGCGCGACCACGCGCCCGCUGCACCACGCGGCUCGCUCCGCUCCUGUGACGCUCCGCUCUAUCCCGACUCUACACCGCAAUCGAUAUUCGCGGACUCGCGGCUACCCACUGUGCACCGUCGCGAGUGCAUCCCGUGCUACGCUCGCUGGUUCUCGCUCGUCUCGGGGAUGCACCGCAGCUACAUCGGCCCGCGUCCUGAAUAGUGCCAACGCGCGACAAACAUGCAACUGUGAAGUGUGUGCGGACAGUGACACAGACAUUAAACUAAUCGUGAUCGUUUACAAGUUUUCUGGCGACUUACACAGAACGAGAUGACUUCCCAGUUCGCCUUCAGAGGAUCUCCCCCCAAUCAGAGCACCAUCUCGACAGCCUCCAACAGUCCGCCGCCGGCGCAGGCGGGAAUGAGUGCGGGCGCGGGCGGCGCGAGUGCCGCGGCCCGGCCCAGCUCACCUGCCGCCGCAGCCCCUCGCUGCUGCGACACUGGCCGCCCUAUAUUCCAGGAUCCUAUCACCGGACAAACAGUCUGCUCGUGUCAAUACGAGUUUCUCAACUACCAGAGGCUCGCUUCCGGCGUGCCCCUGUCUAUGUACAGUGCCCCUUACUCUGACGCAGCGGCGGCUACAGCUGCUGGUAUGGCAGCGUAUUUUCCUGCUUUAGCAGCUGAUCAACCACCCUUUUAUACAAAUGCUGCUGCAGGAAUCGAACUCAAAGAAAACCUUGCCGCGAGUGCAGCUACUUGGCCAUACCCAACUGUUUAUCACCCCUAUGAUGCAGCCUUCGCCGGAUAUCCCUUCAACGGGUAUGGAAUGGACCUAAACGGUGCAAGAAGAAAAAACGCAACUAGAGAGACAACGAGCACUUUAAAAGCGUGGCUAAACGAGCACAAGAAGAACCCAUACCCAACGAAGGGCGAGAAGAUAAUGUUGGCGAUCAUCACCAAGAUGACGCUGACGCAGGUGUCAACGUGGUUCGCGAAUGCACGUCGCCGGCUCAAGAAGGAAAACAAGAUGACGUGGGAGCCGAGAAACAGGGUCGACGAUGAUGACAAUAAUAAUGACGAUGAUGACCAUAAAAGCAACGAUGGAAAAGAUGGAUUAGAUGGAAAAGACUCAGGAACCGGCUCUAGCGAAGACGGAGAUAGACCUCAACAAAGAUUAGAUAUGCUUGGGCAAAGGACAGAAUCAGAGUGGUCCGAAUCGCGCGCCGAUAGUGGUCCCGAAUCACCUGAACCUUAUGAAAGACCUAUUCACCCAGCUUAUCAGCAUUUACCUUCCCGUGCGCCACCCGGCAGCACUCCAGCCUCAGCAAAGCCCAGAAUAUGGUCACUAGCGGAUAUGGCAAGCAAAGAGGGCGAAGCUCCAGCGCCACCAUCACCGGCAUCCGCGUUUUACCAGUCAGCAGCCGCUGCCGCGGCAGCUCGCCUCGCUCACCCUUACAGCCGGCCUGAGUUAUACCGAGGCCUGUAUCCUCCGACUCACCCGGCGGACGUGGCCCUCCUCGAGUACUCUCGUUCGCUAGCACUUGCUGCACCUGCCCCUGCACCUCCAGCUCCCUCACCGUCCUCAUCGUCCACGUCGUCGCUGGCCGAGCCCCCUCCCCCACCUCGGGCCUGACCACAAGCCCCACGCCCGCCGUUGGCGCAUCGACAAUAAUUUCGAUCUCCCCUGAAAGUGCCGCGAGAGGGCACUCAGCCUGUAAAUAGCGAUAGACUAAUAUAAAUAUGUAUACAUACGUAUAAAUACGUGAUAAUAAUUAUUAUGCACCGGUAGAGAAGCUUAGAUUUGUGAUAGUGGACACAUGCGAGCGGUGUGCCACCUGCCACCGCCCGCGCCGUGAGGUUGACAACUCGCAAACGACGUCGACGCAGCGCCCGCGCCGACCGACCGACAAUACUAGGUGCUAUACAAGUUGGACCUUGCGACAUGUUGCUGUAGUUAUUAUUGGAGGUGGUUAAACGAAGUGAUUUCAUUCAAAAAUAGGUAUUAAUAUGUGUUAAGUUUCUUAUACAUAGAUAAACAACACUGUUUUAGAUUAUUAUUUGUAUGUAGUGUAAAUUAUUAUUUCAAAUAUUCUACUUUAUAUUUAGUGCCUAAUUACGUCCAGUGUUUUCUAUUGUUUGAUAGUUUCUUAAAAUAUCUAACAUUCGAAUUUUAAUAUUUAUUGAUACGAGGUCAGUAGUAUAACGAGUCGUUAAUAUAAGAUUUUUUUAUCUACAAUACUUAUAUCAAUAAUUUAUAUCAGAUUUGGUGAGGAUUUCAGAAAGUCUGUAUAGCUUUUUCUAGUCAAGAGACUAUGAUUGUCUGUGUUAAACAUAAAUGAAAUUACAUAACUAUGUCUAGUAAUCACCUUUAGUUACUAAUGAAUUCCCCUUUGGUAGGGCUGGCAUGAACAAGAAUUCGUCAUCAAUAUCUAAACAUUCUCAUGAAAUCACACAGGUUUCACUAGGUUUUGUUACGCCGCGGGCCAUGCUGUGAGGUGUAGCAGUCCCCGGUAUACUCGUAAAAUAUCCUAUUAUCUGUGUUAUAAUUAAUAGGUAAUAGGCACCUAAAGUUAGAAACUUUAAACCAUGUGGGACCAACGAAACGUGAAAUGCGGAAGAGAGUCGGGCUUCCUGCGAAAUUAAAAUAAUUAGAGUCCAAAUAAAAGUUGCUCGCUGCUAUAGUACAUAAUUGUAGGAAAUUUACUGUCACAAUUAAAAUAUCUAGCAUUGCUGUUAACUUUUGUUUGCGUAUGGCAGAACGUUAUAAAAGUUGAACAAACCAUGUUUGUGUUACAUACGCAUAACUAGGUGCCUAAUUUCCAUUUCAUGUUGUGCCAACUUUUUUUAUAUUAUUAUAUUACUUAAAUUAUCUUAAUUAAUUUGAUCGUUACUUACAUUUAUGCAUUUAUAUUAAUUUCCGUGAUGUAUUUAAUGUAACAAAGAGCCGUAGUUAAAAGUUUAGUUUUUAGAAUAGGUUAGCAAAAAUUAUUCUUUAACUUUUGACUAAAUGAAGGUGAUUUUUUGUUAGUUUUCUUGUUACAGAGUCGUAGUACUAACGGAACCGUGUCCGCUUACAACUGUAACAGCUUUUAAGUUAAUAAACGCGAGACCAUAUUAUCAUGCUUGUGUAUUACAUCACAAUCUAGACCCUCUUUUACAUAUCUCACUUACAAAACUGAUAUAAAAUGAACUGCAAAUAAUUGUCUUCUGCUAGUUAUUGUUAAUGUAGUUAUAUUUUCUUACACUGUUGCAAUCUGUCUGCAGCUUUGUGAACUUAAAGAUCUGAAUAAUAAAGUGUAAUUUAUUUUAUUUAAUACAUAGGUAUCUAUAACAUAUUGUUAUGGAAGUGAUCGCAUGGUCGCGUCGGUUCGUGAUCCCGCUAAAACCGUUCACACUUUGCCAAGUCCGACAUUCGUAGUUUUGUGCUGCCAGCCCUACUCGAAACGGAAAUUUAUCUCAUCUGUAGCAUUCACACAACAUUUGUCUUCGUAAAAAUUGUCAUAACUAAAUAAAAAUGGCCUUGUAUAAUUGUAAACGUUAAAAUAAUGUAAAUUCACAUCGUUUAUUUGUUUCUAUACAUUGUACCUAUAAUAUUUUUUUCAAUAUUGUAGAGACUGAAAGUCCAAAAUUGAGUCUAUAGUUUUGUACAUACGUCACUGUUGUAAGUAUAUAUUGUAAUAAUAACGUGAGUAUUUAAGAGAGGUAAAUGCAAUAAUUUUUCUGUAUUAGAAUUCCUUUUGAUGUAAAUAGGCACGGAUGGAAGACGUGAAUCUUCAAAGUAGUUAUAUAAACAACGAAAUGUAUAUUCGAUUGUAAACGAUAUACGAAUAUCUUAACGACAAUGUAUAUUUUCGUUAAACAACAUACUUACAUUUCCGAAUCCACAUUUAACUGUAUAAUAACUGUAGAGUCAGUGCCAUUCAGCGAACUGUAGAAUCAGAAACUGUUGUAACAUUACAUGGGUUUAGUUAAAACAAAAUAAGUGUUGAUAAAAUUAUUAAAUGUUGUCCAAUUUUGUUAGCUUCAAACGUCUUUUAACCGUUUUCCCAGAAAGGUGUGUGAAUAGAUGCAAUAAAAUUUAAUACAGAAAUA